GUCGAUUGGCCAGCCUUGCGCCAAUCCCACGAGGUCACGAAGGCACGGUUGCGAACGUAUUAUACGAGCGAAGGCGAUGACCAGCGACGAUUGUAAUGGUUGGAAUGGGCCGAGCAUAAGUCGUCCAAGUCGCCUGAAGCUGUCAAGCUGCGUCACGCAGUGGUAAUCCAGUUCUUCCGUUCAUUCCCAUUUUUCUCGAUCAACGACGCGGCAGAUUUUGCAGAAGGUCACCCAUCUAUCACGAUGAGCGACGAAGGAUUCGACCCCUGCGAAUGCAUGUGGAAUCACAUGUCCGUGCAACAUCUGCUUUCUAUCUUACGACAAUCUCAGGAUUAUUGUUCGGAUACUGAGUGCUUCAGUGUGUCGAGAUUUCCAGGGCCGCAGACGAAUGUUCGGGAAUGUUCAGACUUCCUCUUUAUUUGCUUAAUUAUUGGCUUCAUCGCUCUUCUGUACGCAUUUAGACCGAGAUCUUUACGAUAUUCGACCAGAAAUGUUAUCAACAAGAGCAGCAAUGAGCCCGGUUCACAUGGGGACGGUCCGCCUUCGCCGAUGAUGAAUUAAAGUGUAGUGCAACAUUGUGAAGGUUCUUGUUAUUCAAGGUUUUAUAUAUCAGGAUCUGUAUUAAAUUUAUAACAGAAACAGGAGACGGUAUGAUAUAUAGAUGAUAUUAAUAAAUCUAAUGUACGCACGUUAGCGAGUUAUAAUCAUUUGAUUUUUGGAAACUUAACUUCUUUACACGUUGGUAAUCUCAAUUUUAUACAAUUUUCUUCGCGCUUAUGCGUCUUUCUCUUUAAACUCUUUUUCUCUAAUAAUCUCGUGCCGAGAUUAUAUGUAUAAGCACGAUAUAAAAUAAUUUUAUCUCGACUUUUUGAAAGACUUUUUAAAGUUUAAUUGUUAUAUCUAACAUGAGAUCUCUAGCGUUCUUAGGUACUAAAUUUAAUUUCCGCGGCUCACAUUUAGAUGACGCUAGUAAGUGUAAUUUAAUUUGACAUCUGAAGCUGGCUGCAUUUUAGAGGUUAGACAUUUGUCAAUAAAAUUCAAUGUGAAAAGAUUCAUUUAAGUGAACAGUGUCAUUUUUUUUAUUAUUAAACAUGGAACAUGAUAAAUUGAUUUUUCGACAUAUACUUCAUUACUUUGAUUUCAAAAAAACUGCAGCUGCAGCUCAUAAAUUAAAACUUGUCGAAACUUAUGACAAUUAUGUUCCAACGGAAAGAACAUGCUAAGAAUGAUUUCAACGAUUUAAGAAUGAUGAUUAUGAUAUGAAUGAUAAACAACGCUCAGAUCAACCGAAAAAAUUUGAAAACACCGAAUUGCAAGCAUUAUUGAAAAACUCAGCUCAAACGCUCCAAGAAUUGUCUGCAGCAUUAAAUAUUACUCCGCUGUUUUCCAAAUGUCUAUAUGCAAUGAGAGAAAUUCAAAAGGAAGGAAAAUAGGUACCGUUAAGGAAACACUGAUGCAGCUCGAGUGGGAAAUUCUCCCGCACCCUGUAUUCAUCAGACUUAGUUCCUUCAGACUAUUACUUGUUCCGAUCGAUGCAGCACGACUUGAUGGAUACACACUUCAGAAAUUACGAGGAUGUGCGAAAAUAAAACGAUUGCUUCAAAAGAUCAUUCUAUCGUCACGGAAUUCAUUUAUUACCACAAAGAUGGAAAAAAUAUAUAGCUAGCGAGGACAAAUACUUUGAUCGAUGUAUUUUUUGUUUUUGAUAUCGAGAUAAAUGAAUUUUUUUAAGCAAAAAAACCGUGGAAACUAAGUACCUUUAGUACCUAAUAACAUGUUUGUUUCUUGAAAGAGGAUAACGUGAAAUUAUAAUUAAUAAAAAUAACAAAAAACUCGCUCA